AUGGACGCCAAUAAAUCAUCUCUCGCAACAUAUUUUGAGCGCUCGCCUGCAUUUUCACCACGUCCAGCAUACGAUUGCGCACAGCUUACCUCUGAGGAUUGCGCGCGGCUCGUAGGAAUAAGGGAGCGUCAGCUUGUCGGACAGGACGAUGUAGAGGAUGUGAGGGCUGCUGUUGGUCGGGUGGAGGAACUUUAUCCUGGACGUCACCCUCAUCGGGCAUCUUGGCUCAAGCGCCUUGGGGACGCGCUCUACGGGCGCUACGGGCGUCGAAGAGAUCUUCUGGAUAUCGACGACGCGAUUUGGGCAUACCGCUGCGCGAUAGGUAUCGCGUCGCCCAACCACCCAGAACUGCCGACUCUGCACAACGAUCUCGGCGUCUCGUUGCGAGAUCGGUUUGAGCGGCUCCAGGAGCCCGACGACAUCGAUGAUGCCAUCUCGGCAUUGCGUCGCGCAUCUGACCUCAUUCCCCACGAUCACCCCCACAAGUCUUCCUUUCUCAACAACUUGGGAAGCUCGCUGUGUGAUCGCUUCGAGCGACUUGGAGGGCUCACGCACAUCGACGAGUCGAUCUUGGUGCUCCGUCGCGCAAUCGCUCUCGUUCCCGACGGAUUCCCGAGCAAAGCGACCCUGCUCACCAACCUCGCGAACAGCUUAGGAACCCGUUUUCGUCGGCGCGGAGAACUAAGUGAUCUCGAGAACGCCCUCUCAGCACAACGCUACGCGUUGACCCUCACACUCGAUGAUCAUCCAGACAAACCAGGCCGACUUGAUAUUCUGGGCGGUAUAUUACAGAGUCGAUUCGAACGUCUCGGUCAGCGCUGCGACAUUGACGAGGCGAUCACGCUGCGACGGCGUGCAGUGGCCCCCAUUCCCGAUGGACACCCCCAAAAGGCAACCUUCCUCAAUAACCUCGGAAGCUCCCUAUACGUGCACUGCCGAAGUACUGUCGAUGCUCUUAGUGAUAUCGAUGGUGCCAUCUCAUCUCAACGUCAGGCAGUCGCUCUUACACCUGAAGGCCAUCCAAGUAAACCAGGAUAUCUUACGAACCUCGGGAACAUGUUGAGCUUGCGCUUUGAACGGCUUCAGGAACUCAAAGACCUCGAGGAGUCUUGCUUGGUUCAACGUCGCGCAGUGGAGCUCAUACCUGACGGCCAUCCAGAAAAACCGGCCAUGCUGAAUAAUCUUGGAAGGGUACUUUCCCGCCGGUUCGGCUGGCUCGGGCAAGUCUGUGACAUUGAAGGGUCGAUUCUGGCGCAGCGUCGCGCAGUAGACCUCGUUCCGGACGAAUACUCUGGGAAACCAUUGUAUCUCAGCAACCUCGCUGAUGUGCUGAGGAGCCACUUCUUCCGGUUCGGGGAACUCCGUAGUCUGGAGGAGGCCAUUUCCGCGCAACGUUGCGCGGUUGAACUUACGCCGGAUGGACAUCAGGAGAAGCCAGAUCACCUCCAUGCCCUUGGUAACAUCAUGCGAACGCGCUUCUAUCAACUCAGGGAGCUACGAGAUAUCGAAGAUGCCACAUUAGUUCAGCGCUUAGCAGUCGAGCUCACACACGACGAACAUACGAGCAAGCCAUGCCGGCUCAACGAUCUCGGUACCUCGUUACUUCACUACUUUGAGCUAUGCGGCAUGUCGAGCGACAUCGAGGAAGCGAUUUUAGUGCAGCGCCGUGCAGUCGAGUUGACAUCCGAUGGAGACACCUACAAACCUGUCGCACUCGGCUGCCUAGCUGACUCCUUCCAUGGACACUUCUAUCGAUUCGGAGAACUGCACAGUAUUGAGGAGGCCACUUCUCUAUACCGUCGUGCGGCCGACCUCACGCCCGACGGGCACCCGCACCGACUGGCUCGGCUUCAUAACCUUGGCAGUGCUUUGUUCACGCGCUUUGAACAUUUGGGAGAACUCAAAGAUCUCGAAGAAUCCAUUACGUCGCUACAGCUUGCGGUCGUCUCUUUACCAGACGGCCAUCCGGAAAAGCCCAAAUGUCAGAUCAGUUUGGCGUUGUCGUUACGCGCCCGAUUCCAGCGACAGCGUAACAUCAACGACUUCCAUGCCGCUGUAUCUCAGUUUACCGAAUCAACAUUGCGGCCGCUCGGUGCUCCCUCCAUCCGGUUGUUCUCUGCAAAGUGUUGUAUCGCAAUGGCCUCUAGCAAUUUGGCCAGUGGUUCCUUUGAGCCCCUACUAGCUGCACAUUCACGCAUCUUCGACGUUUUGCCGGAGAUUGUAUGGUUAGGGAGCAGCAUUGAUCGGCGUUACGAGGAAUCUGCGCAAGUAGGAGAGCUCGUGCACGCUGCUGUGGCCGCUGCCAUCAGCGCCGGUUCUCCAGUUCAAGCCAUAGAAUGGCUUGAGGCAGGCAGAUCACUCAUCUGGUCGCAAGUGCUAUCACUGCGCACUCCACUCGAUGACUUACAAGGGUCUCACCCCAAACUUGCAGAAUCGCUGCAUGAAAUUCAAACGAGACUUCAGCUAUCUGCGCACAUAACCUUCGCCGCUAAUCCAAAGAGCUUGCGUGAAGUUCCGGGGCUUGCCACCAAUGCCGCGGCAGAUCGUCACCGCGAGUUGGCCAUCGAGUUCGACUCGCUUCUGAAUCAGAUUCGCAGCUUACCCGGUUUCAAGGGAUUUCUUCGCCCGAAACGGCUUGAUACUCUGAUCCCUUCAACCCAAGUCAUGGGCGGACCUAUCGUUUUCAUAAAUGUUGAUAAGACGCGCUGCGAUGCUCUUCUCUUGUCUCCUUCCGGUGAAGUUACAGUGGUGCCGCUAUCCGACCUUUCGUAUGAGCGUGCAGUUGAGCUGCGCCAUCUAUGGAUCAUUCACACGACUGGGGGCAAGGUCCGCUCCCGCGGAUCAUCAGUUUCGUGGGCGAACGAACGUGGUGGCCGGAUAGAUCCCUUGAUGUGCAUUCUGGGACAUCUUUGGAACUGGAUUGUGUCUCCCGUACUUAACGCUCUUCAUAUUGGCGCUGCCUCUGAGGCUGGGCGUCAUCCUCCAUCGCAUAUCACUUGGUGUCCUACCGGAGCUCUCAUGCAACUGCCAUUGCAUGCUGCAGGUGUCUACGCUGAACCUGACGGUCCUCGUCUAUACCAGACUGUCGUGUCCUCCUACAUUCCUUCCCUCACGGCGCUUGUACGCUGCUACCAAAAGGCUAGUGAGCCUCAUUCGAAACGCGAGGUGCUCAUUGUCACCCAACCCGCGACACCCAAUCACUCUCCGCUUCCCGGGACGCUCUAUGAGGGCUGGAGGCUCAAGGCUAGUCUCGGUGCAUUGCAAAUCGCAAACAAAUGGCUCAAUAACGAUGCUGCAACUGUCAAAGAAGUUCGUUCCUCCAUGUCUCGAUACCCAUGGGUGCAUUUGGCAUGCCACGGCUUCCAAAACCGUGAUGAUCUCACCAAGAGCGCGUUCGAGCUCUUCGAUGGCUCACUCACCUUGUCUGAUAUCAUGGGAACCACGGGAGAGAGCAACGAGCUCGCCUUCCUCUCAGCUUGUCAGACUGCAGUUGGAGAUGAGAAAACCCCCGAAGAAUCCGCGCAUCUUGCUGCAGGCAUGCUAUCCGUCGGAUUCAAGGCUGUCGUCGCCACGAUGUGGUCGAUUCAAGAUGCCGACGCGCCUCUUGUUGUCGACGUGUUCUAUAAGAAGUUGCUCGCCCUGCACGAGUUUGGGAACCUAGGAGUGACUGGAGCGGCUGACGCACUGCAUGAGGCGACGAGGGCGCUGAGAGACGAGGCUGGCGAGACUGACUUUAUUCGUUGGGUGCCCUUUGUGCAUUUCGGAAUCUGA